CACUUCGUCUAACUUUUCGAUUACACGGGUUGCGGCUGAUGCAGCGUUCGCCGGCGGGUCGCCGCUCGCCGAUUAGAAGCCCCGACGAACGACCACUUCCGCGGCCUGCGCAAAUACCACCCGUUGCCCGUUAUCACCACAGCAUAGCCAAAAUGUCGUCGUCCUCGUCAUCUUCACUGAGCUCCCUGCGGCGGCUCUUGCUUCUUUCAAAUUCCACGAUGCACGGCGGCCAAUACCUGGAGUACUGCUGCGACUUGAUCAAAGAGUUCUUUGCCAAGUCCGGCGUCAAACGAAUCCUAUUCGUGCCGUACGCCCACCACGAUUACGACGCGUACGCGAACAAGGCCAGAAACGCCCUCCAAGUCAUGGACUUCGUCGUCGACAGCAUUCACGAUGCCCCAGACCCGGUCGCUGCCGUGAAGCACGCCCAAGGCAUCUUUAUCGGCGGCGGGAACACCUUCAGACUCCUCCGAACGCUGUACGAAACGAAUGUUGCCGAAGCGAUUCGACUUCGAUGCCUCGAAGAAGGUAUGCCGUACAUGGGCGCGAGCGCCGGGAGCAACGUGGCCACGGCCAACAUCUGCACGACCAACGACAUGCCGAUCGUGUACCCCCCGACGUUCGUGGCCCUCAACCUGGUACCUUUCAACAUCAACCCGCACUACGUCGAAACGAAUCCUGAGAGCAACCACAUGGGAGAGACAAGGGACGAUAGGAUCUUGGAGUACCUGCAGGUCGGGAAUCACAUGCCCGUGUUGGGUCUGAAGGAAGGCGCCGUGCUCAAGGUGGAAGGUAACCAGGCUGUGCUCUUGGGAAUUUCGGGUGCCAAGCUGUUCGUCGAGGACAAAGAACCUGUCUACUACGAGCCCGGAGAUGACAUGAGUUUUCUCUUGAAGCCGGAUAUGGUCAGCAUUCCAAACGCCGUGAGCUGAGCAGCUUUCCGAAGGCAAGGCGCCGUGAAUUCGACAGUAAUGGCGCAAUUGGGUGUGUAUUAGCCAAUAACAACUGUUCGAAAAAUUAAAAAAAAAAAAUCGGCGAUAACACGGAAUAAAUUAACUGCGUGACACUUU